AUGUCCUCUCCCCUGGGUGCCCUGGAUGACCUGGGUGCCCUGGGUGCCCUGGGUGUCCUGGCGGUCCGGGGUGCCCUGGGUGCCCUGGGUGCCCUGGGUGUCCUGGCGGUCCGGGGUGCCCUGGGUGCCCUGGGUGCCCUGGGUGUCCUGGCGGUCCGGGGGGCCCUGGGUGCCCUGGGUGCCCUGGGUGUCCUGGCGGUCCGGGGGGCCCUGGGUGCCCUGGGUGCCCUGGAUGCCCUGGGUGACCUGGCGGUCCGGGGGGCCCUGGGUGCCCUGGAUGCCCUGGGUGUCCUGGUGGUCCGGGGUGCCCUGGGUGCCCUGGGUGCCCUGGGUGUCCUGGGUGCCCUGGGUGCCGUGGGUGCCCUGGGUGUCCUGGGUACCCUGGGUGCCCUGGGUGUCCUGGCGGUCCGGGGUGCCCUGGGUGUCCUUGCGUCCCUCCUGUUUUUGUUGCUCAUCAAGUAUUUGAAGAGAACGAAUUACUGUCUGGAAACCAGACGCCUGGAUGGCAAAACUGUGCUCAUUACAGGAGGGAACUCUGGGAUCGGGAAGGAGACGGCAGUCCACCUGGCCCGGCGAGGAGCGAGGGUCAUCAUCGCGUGCCGGGACCCCGUCCGGGCAGAAGCCGCGGUCACGGACAUCCGCCGGCGCAGCCUCAGCCUGGCCGUCCACCACCGGCAGCUGGACCUGGCCAGCCUGGCCUCCGUCAGGCACUUCUGCCGGUGUUUCCUGGAGGCGGAGAAGCGCCUGGACGUCUUGAUCAACAAUGCAGGAACGCCGGGCAGAUUGGGCUGGACCUCUGACGGCUUCCAGAUCUGCUUCGGAACCAACCACCUGGGCCCCUUCCUCCUCACCAACCUCCUGCUGGACCGGCUGAGGGAAUCGGCGCCCAGCCGAGUAGUGACCGUGAGCUCCGACACCUACACCUUCGCCAAGCUGGACUUCUCCCGUCUGAACGCCGAGGGCAACCGGUUCGCCAACUACAGCCGGAGCAAACUGGCCAACAUCCUCUUCACCAGAGAGCUGGCACGGCGACUGGAGGGAACCGGGGUCACAGCUCACUCCUUGCACCCAGGUUACAUCUUCACCAACUGGGCCUCUCACUACUCCCUGGGGGUCCGCUUGGUCUGCUACCUAUUCAUGUCCCUGUUUUUCAUCUCGAGUGAGCUAGGGUCACAGACCACCAUCCACUGCGCCACAUCCGACCAGGUCCUCGCACACAACGGUGGAUAUUUCUCCAACUGCCAACCGGCCAAACUCUCAGCCCAAGCCCUGGACGAGGGGGCAGCCAAAAAGCUAUGGGACACCAGCGAACAACUGGUGGGGUUAAGCCACUGAGAGAGACAGAGACAGAGAGAGAGAGGGAGAGAUGCUUUUGACCCAUCUUGGCUGUCACCAAUGGAGCCACAGAACUUCUGAACGUAAGAAUUUUUUGCCAGGUGAAAGAAGACCAAGUUCAUCCAGUUCACCUUCCACCAUCUUGCC